UUCACGAAUAUUUGGUUUUCAAGUUUACACGCUGAUUUUUAUAUCCAAGUUAAGAGAUUAUUUGGUUUAUUUACCUUUAGAUAAUUGUUCAGAGUCGGACCGUGCCAUGGUCCGUGAUUCGUCUUCCGGCAAAGGCCUACAGGGCUCUCGUGUGUAUACAGCAAGACAGCUGGUUCCCAUCGCAUGAGGCCUAAUGAAUGCAGAAGCAGAAAAAUGGCAGGUGGAAGACGUAAUGCUGCCCGUGCCCCACCACCCAAACCUGUAGCCCUUAUUGAUCUCGACAUGAAGAGGAUUGGACAUGGGACAGAGGAUGGGCCCCCCUUGAUGCCUAUCACCCCACCCAAACACAUGAGCAUUCCUGACAUACCACGCAUUUCUGAGCUUGGCUUUGAGACUUUGAUGCUGGUUUUUAGUUUGAUGUCUCUUGCCCUGCAGUACCUUAACAUCUACCGCACCGUCUUCUGGCUUCCACACUCUCAUACGAAAUAUGCCAUGAACCUGUACUUGAUUGACAGAAGUGUUGUGUGGUUCAUUGUGGUGACGCUGAGUAGGCGAUUAGGAUGGAGUAUUCUCAAGCUUGUAAUUACACAGUGCAUUCAUCAGUCAUUGUGGAAAUCUGCUCUCUCAGUGGCAAGAGUGAUGUUUGUAGGAGCGAUUGCAGCACUACUAGGCUUCUGCUUGUAUACCAUCAGUGAUGCUCUAACAUUCAUAAAGAUCUUAGCUCUUGGAUAUCCGUUUGUGUUUUAUAUCUUCAUAUUUGAUAUGGAGAUUACAUCUUUCUUGGAAGUGAUCCCAGUUCCAGUGCACUACAAAGAAGAAGGAACUAAGGCAAAGCAAU